GUAACAGGUUCAGUCUCGUCUCACUGCAACUGUUUCCACAGUGUCUCCACAGCUGAGAAUCAUGUUGGCAGACCUGAUGCAAGAUGAGGUGUUGAGGGCUUUCAGCUCUUACGCGCUUCUUGUUAUCCUGAAGGUGAUGAUGAUGGCGCCUCUUACAGCGUAUUACCGCUUCUCCAGAGGGGCCUUUGCCAAUGAGGAAGAUGUAGCUCUUAAGUCCGCAGAGGAGAGAAAGAAGCAGCUGAGAACUGAUCGAGAUGUAGAGCGAGUCCGAAGAUGUCAUCUGAACGACUUGGAGAACGUUGUUCCCUUCGUGCUGGUGGGCUUGUUCUACACUUUGAGCGGACCGGAACUUUCGGCUGCUCUGCUUCACUUCCGCAUUUUUACUGCCUCUCGGGUCUUCCACACCAUCUCCUACAUUGGCGCUCUGCCUCAGCCCUGCAGGGCUCUGUCCUUCUUCCUUGGCCUCCUGGUCACCGUCUCCAUGGCGUACCACGCUCUGAGUCAGGUUCUCGUGAUAUGAUGUUGACGACAGCGGAACACGAGUACCACCACUACUUUGAUCUGAUGUUUGCUUCACGCUCAGGAUUAAUUUGCUUUGUUGAAGUUUUUUUCUGCAUUAAUUGUAAUACGUUUUCAUGAAAUAAAUGCAAAAUAAAAUACAUUUUCUACCCUCUUGAAA